AGCCCAGCGGGUGUGGACUCGGUGCGUCAGUGACCCAACAACCAGGCCCCUCGUGUCGCCUUAUAAAAUGAGGCGUUUCGAUUCGAGUUCUCUCCUCUCCCCAAUUCCAGCGUUGUUCCCCCAACCCUCGUCACCAGGCGCCCCCGACCCCCCGAGGAAGAAAAGAAGUUGAACCAUGGGGAAGAGAAAGUCAGCUGCCAAGCCACCUCCCAAGAAGAGGAUGGACAAGCUUGAUACAGUCUUUUCCUGCCCAUUCUGCAAUCAUGGGAGCAGUGUUGAAUGCCGAAUUGAUAUGAAAAAUCUGAUUGGUGAGGCUAAUUGUAGAAUCUGCCAGGAAAACUUCAGCACCACUGUUAAUGCGCUGACUGAACCUAUUGAUAUAUACAGCGAAUGGAUCGAUGAGUGUGAGCGCGUCAACACUGUCGAAGACGACGAUGGCGCAUGAGCAUCUACCAAUCUGAACGAAAUGGUUACUACCAUGACCUGUAACGCGUUGGUGUUAUUGACUGCCACUAUCAGCCAUGUCUGUAGCGAUGAUGUAAGGACAUACUGGCUGAUCGAACAUUAGUAGGCAGUUUAUCCCGCGCUCAAUAAACAACUGGAUAUAUUGUGUACUUGUAUUUGGACCUGUGUAGUGGUUAUGUGUGAUGUGUAUGGAUCCGUCACCGAUGAGAUUGUGUUGGACCUCAGUAGCGGUUAUGCGAUUAUGGAUCCUUCACCUAUGAAAUCAUGUAAGGGCAUUUUUUAUCAGUAAUUUAGUAAUGUUGUCAUGGUUGAGAUAAGUUCAAAUUUCA